AUGGUAGACAGUUCGACCACCCAAGCCUCUGCAGUAGAGCAGCUUCCUGAAGACGAGAGGGUUGAGCAUGUCGACACUGAACAGCUUUCUGCGGCAUCUGCGAAGAAGAUCUCUAUUGUGCUCAAGGGAGCUUCGUCUACCGAUAAACCUGAGUCUGAUGACUGUAAAGGAGAGGAAGACAAUCCUCACAAGGAGAGCACUACCCAGGACUCUGCCUCGGAAGCCGAUAAAAAUGCAAAGAAGCCCCGCAAAGAGCGCCUCCGCUCAGAAUACCCUAAAGUCAUCGAGCCUCUUCCCCCCAAACCCGACUAUGGGCCCGUCGAAAAGGCUGUAAAAAAGUUGGACGACAAGAUUGCAAAGUCCAAGGAGACCGUUGCCUCUAUCAUUGGUGAGAUCAGCUCUCUGGACGAGAAGCUUAAGAACCUCAGCUUCGACGCACUCAGUGAAGACCUGCGCAACCGCCUCAAAGCGGCACGUGACGAGUUCUCUGCUCUUCAAAGUGUGAAGAAAGAGAUAUAUGAGAGACUAAACCCCGUCACAGCCAAGAUUAAAUCUAUUAUAGGAGAUGGUCAGGGCCUUAAGAACUUCAACACCAUAGCGGACCAGCUUGCAAGACUGAAGUAUGAGUCCGAGCAUACAUCCAUGACUCCGGAAGAAGAGAAGAAAACCCAGGCCAGCAUUAAGAAGCUCUCUGAAAAGGUCAAGUGCCUUCCGAAGGUUCGUGAAUUAGAGGAGGAGCGCGCAUCAAUCGAGAAAGAACUAGAGGAGCUGAAGAAGAAGAUUGAUCCUGUAAAGAAGCAAAGGGACCAACUUGAAAAAGAGGCUAAUGAGGCUCUCUCUAAGAACAAUCCUGAUCGCCUUGAUAGGUCUGUGAUCCUCGCGAAAAUUAAGGAGCUGCGAGCAAGAAAGGACAAGGAGAACGAGGUCCUCGACACGCUUUACUCGGAGAAAAGGGCCAUUACAACCGAGUACAGAACUGCCAUGCGCGCGUACACUUCCGAGGAGAGGCGCGUUGAAGCCCAGACUAGCUACCGUGGCUUCCUUCGUAACAAGUGGAAGACUCUCUGCAAGCUUAUCAACGGAGCCGGUGCCACCAUCACCGAGCAAGGUGACGAGUCAGGUGAGUUUGUCGUCUCUUCGUACCCCUUGACCGAUCUGCCCAAACGAGCGCUGCAGCGUUCUGAACGUGAGGUAGCUGCAGAUGAACGUGUCACUGACAAGUCUGCUAUUGGUCUGGCCAUCGUUGAGGCAGCGAAAGCUAAACUGGCUAAGUGGUGUGAGGAGGCCAUUGCCACUGGGUCGUUCGGGACAACAAAGACGGUAAAAACGGGCAAAAGGACGGAGGUCAUCCUCAAUAAGGAUCUCUGCGAACUCCUCAAUGUCCUAGACAUAGAUCAUAGCAGUGUUUCAUCCAAGGAAGAGGUCACGAAGAUACUUAAGAUGUGUAGGGGAGAGCUCGAUGAUGAUGACGAGGAGGCAAAGGAACAGAAGAGGCUCGCGGAAGAGGAGGCAAAGAAGGCUGCAGCAGCGGCAGAAGAGGAAGCCCGUAAGAAGGCGGAGGAGGCUGAAGAGAAAAAGCAAAAGCGUUUAUCGGAAAUUAACGCGAAGAUAGCAUCGUGGAUUGACGAGAUGGUUGAGUUCAAGGCCGUCAUUCGCUUUGCCUGA